AUGGCUGCAACUGUUCAGAAGCUUCCGUCCUCGGACUUAGCCGAAAGUCCAGACGAUACUAUUCCUGAACUAACAGAAGCCGACUACUUAACUCAUGUCCUACAACUUUCGUCUGAGAAGACCGAGGCUUAUCUCAACAAACUGAUCAUGAAGGCCACAACUUUGGGUAUUACUAUCUCACGGCCGUCGAGUGCUGUCUCGAUAAGAAAUAAACGAAACCCGUCUGGCGCCAAAUCGAGCAUCACCAUAGAUACAAAUCAUGCCCGCACUGCGUCUACGGGGUCGGAGGGCUCCACGAGCACGACUCUUACUUCAUAUUCUUCAACUAACAGCUGUCCCGAGGCCAUGGGGCGGAGCGUUGCAAGGAAGCGAUCCAAGGCUCUCACUUUUGCUCAAUAUGAGAACUACCUCGCCCAAGCCGAUCCGAAUCUCAACCAACCUAAAUUCAUAUCAUCCUCACCCACAGAAUCCGAAUCAACACCAAGCAUUUUCAGUGUUGGCACGAACAAGAGCUACCUGAGUUUUAGAAGGGGACUUUCUAAAUUGCGCCGUAGACGAAAGACUCCGUCUUCUCUUGGACAUAUCGUCAUGUCAUGCAGUGCGUGCCGAGAAGAUCUCCAAGUCGACCAGCCUCUCCAGAGAUUACCGUGCGGACACAGCUAUUGCUCGAGGUGUCUGAAGAUCAUGAUCAAUCAGGCAACGACUGACGAAUCUAAAAUGCCGCCGCGUUGCUGCACCCAACCAAUACCGAGUUCGAUAAUUAAAUCUAUAUUAUCCCGUGAAGAGCAACAUAGGUUCCUAAAAGCCGUGACACAAUUUAGCACGCCCUGGGAAUCGAGAGUAUUCUGCUCCAACCCAGCCUGUGGUGAAUUUAUACCACCGCGGAUCAAAGUUGACCCCAAAUAUCCGUCCCAAGCUAUCUGUCGAAAAUGUAAAACGCGAGUUUGCGUUAUGUGUAAGAGGGGCGCUCACUCUAUAGGCCAGGAUUGUCCGGAUGAUUGGGAAUUGGAUGCCGUCUUGAAGAUGGGAGAGAAGUCAGGCUGGAGAAGGUGCUACAAAUGUAGGUCACUUGUUGAGCUUACGCAAGGCUGCACGCACAUGACGUGCCGAUGUCGAGCACAGUUCUGCUACAUCUGCGGCGCAGUCUGGGAUCAGAUGGUGGGUUGUCCUAACUUCUGCAAUGGCGAGGCUGUGAUGGAGGAUCGGCGCCGCGAGGAAGAAGCCCGGGCGGCAAAACUUGCCGACGAAGAGGCAGCUAAGCAAGAAGCCGCUGCGAAAGAGACAGCAGAGAUGCUCGAAGCAGUAAGACGCAGCCACAACUGCGAGGAAUUCAAAGCAUUGCGAGAGGAGCAAGUAAAGGAGAUGGAGAGAUUUCACGUUUUCGAUAGGAGAUCGAAAUGGCUCAUGUGGACUAGACAUGCCCACGCAAAGCUCGCCCUCGUAGAGAAACACUCAGCGGCUAUCGAGCGGAUGAACGAACGACAUAACAAGACGGCGGCUAAUCUUGAAGACCGUCAAGUUGCUGCAGAGAUGGAGCUGCGCUCAACAUUAGAACAGAGCGAGAGAAACGUGCGAAUUCGGCUCAAGCAUAUGGAAGCAUAUUGUGAUGGCCUCGGCAAGAAUCCAGACGGAGGCAUGCCUUCCCGAACUGUGACGGAACGGGAUCUAAGAGAGCUCGGGCAGCAGUAUAACGUUGAAAAGAACAUGAAGCAACUUCAUCAGGCCAAAAUCAACGUUAUGCGGGAUAGACAAGCCAAAGCCCUCGAAGAAUUACUCGAAAGGCAAGAGUCGGAAAUGGGUAAACUAAUUGAGAAGAAUAGGAAAGAACUGGAGAGUCUCGAAUCUGAUUUUUCAGAUGAGGAAGAUGCUUUGACGACGACAAUGAGCCAGCGCAGAGCGACACUUCAGAAACGAUGGGAACUCGAAAUGGAAGUAAUGCGUAAGGAGCUGGAGAACGACAGAGGACUGAGUUACGCUUCGAUGAGCCCCCCCGAAUGGUUGUAUGAAGAAGAACCGUCAGAGGAUGGCCUCCCUGCCGUAGAUGAAUAG